UUCAAUUCAGAUUUUUUUCUUUUAUAAUCAACUAUUACAUUUUCUAUUUCCCAGCACCCAAAAAAACAUUUUUUUAAUAUUUAUGUUAGUUUCUUCAUCCUUACCAUCUAUUCGUAUGCCACAACAUCAACAACCACAACUUCACAAGCAUUCCACACCUACAGGUUCAACAUCUACUCCUUCUUCUACUCCUCCAACUUUUCGACCAGGGACAUUACCAAAUUUACAACCUUUUAAACGAAUGCCGGAAAAGCAAAAUUCUCAACUGGCAAAUACACGUAUAUUUUUUUUGGCUUUCUUAAUCCCUUUUCUGAUUUUUUUAUUUUUCAGCUUCAACUGUCAAACCACCCCAACAAUUGUGUAAAGUAGAAAUACCAAAAACUUUAGCCUCCUCUCUCUGUUUUACACCUUCCACUUCCUCUACUUCAACUCCAUUACCACUUCGAAAUAUCCCAACAUGUUCAUCAUCUGCACCACAAACAGUGACAGUAAAUAGUAGUUCAACUCCAUCAUUUC